CCUUCUUCUCAACACUCCUUCCGCAUCUGCCUCUCUCUCGAAACCCUAAUUUCUAUCGUUUAACAGAACCAGCAAUCAUGGCAGAGCGCCCCCCCGCAGAACGUGGUUCCUUCGGCCGUGGUUUCGGUGGCCGUGGUGGACGUGGAGACCGUGGUGGCCGAGGCCGCCGCCGCGGUGGACGCAAAGAGGAAGAAGAAAAAUGGGUUCCCGUCACCAAACUAGGCCGCCUUGUGAAAGACGGAAAAAUAUCCUCCGUUGAACAAAUCUACCUUCACUCCCUGCCCAUCAAGGAGUAUCAAAUCAUUGACACUCUCAUUGGCCCUGGUUUGAAAGAUGAGGUGAUGAAAAUCACCCCAGUUCAAAAACAAACCAGAGCCGGUCAGCGAACCCGGUUCAAGGCCUUUGUUGUAGUUGGCGAUUGUAAUGGACAUGUUGGUUUGGGUGUGAAGUGUGCUAAAGAGGUGGCUACUGCCAUUCGCGGGGCUAUUAUUUUGGCUAAACUGUCGAUUAUUCCUGUGAGAAGAGGGUACUGGGGAAACAAGAUCGGAAAGCCACAUACUGUGCCUUGUAAGGUUACAGGGAAGUGUGGAAGUGUAACUGUGAGAAUGGUUCCUGCCCCUCGUGGAGCUGGGAUCGUUGCUGCUAGGGUUCCAAAGAAGGUGCUUCAGUUUGCCGGGAUUGAUGAUGUUUUCACAUCAUCCAGAGGAUCUACCAAGACUCUUGGAAACUUCGUCAAGGUUUGUUUUUUAUUUAGAACUCUGACGUGGGUUUUAUUUUGUUGUUUCGAAAUAGGGUUGGUCAUGUUAGUUUCAUUGGGUAAAUUUGAAGUGAUUUAUUGCUGUGAUUAAGAGAUGUGUAUAUUG